ACCCUUUGGAGCGCUUUCUUUACCGUCGGCGCCAUGUAUCGGCCGCCGCCGUAUAACCGCUCCGGCGGCAGGGGCGGCGGCGGCGUUGGGGGCUUCCGCCACCCGUCUUUACCCCCUCAGAAUCUAAACUUCGCCUUUCCCGGCAAUCUUCAAGGCCAUGUAAACCCUCCAAACCUCCCACCAAACCCCUUCCAGAACCCUAGCUUCCUCCAACCUCCCUUUUUGCCCUACCUCCAGAACCCAUUCUUUCCUCAGCCGAAUCCUUCCCCCAACCCCCAAGCCCUUCUUGACAGGGUCAAUGCCGCCGCCACUAAGGCUCACCGGGACCUCGUCGCCGCCGGUCAGAGCGUCUCGUCGUGGAAAGUGUCGCAGGCCGCUCUCCUCGCUCUAAAGAUCGAAUCUUGGAGCGCCUUAGGGUUUCAAAUUCAGGAUGUUCCAUCCCUCCACAGCCUAAUCGUCACAGAAGGAAAGAUAAGUGCAUUUAUACACUGUUUCCUUGGUGCACGGAGGAUCACGUCACUGUAUGAUUUGGAGGUUGCAGUAUGCAAGAACGAGGGCGUUGAGCGGUUUGAGGAGCUUGGUCUGGGACCGCUGCUUCGGCACCCACUCGUCGAGCAUUAUUUCUCUCUUGCUUCUGAUGUGACUGAUAUCUUCAAGAUAACGACCGAGGAAAUUAUUGAUUCAUUAAAAACUUUUAUGGAGAAACACAAGAAGACAAUCAUGGUGGAGGAAUUUUUGGAUUUUCUUGCUGAGAAUAAGUUGGUAUCAUCCAAGGAAAAGCUUUGUGUGCGCAUUCAGAGCUUAGGGUUGCAUAUAUCUUACAUUCGGGAAGCCAAAAAAGCAGAAAAGGCAACUAUCAGCAAAUGUUUUGAUGAAAACAAACAUUCUGCUCCACAAAAUAGAAAAAGGAACUCAUCACAGCCUCCAAAUAUGCGCUUGCAAAAGCAGGUGCUUGAGAAGAGGUUUGGUUUGUUAUCAAAGCGUAUCCAGACCUUUUCAUCUCGAUGGGAUGAUUUUUCUGGUAAACAUAUCCGCUUCGAGUCCUCUGAUAGUGAUGAUGUUGAUGAUGAUGUCAACUAUGAUGAUGAUGAUGGCAACGAUGAUGAUUCUUUUGAGAAUGAUAAAGGAUUUAUGUGCCAAAAUCAAAGUUCUCAUGAUAGAGACAAUGGCAAGCGUGUGAGUAGCUGUCCUUAUCCAUCCACAACUGAAGAAAUGGUUCGUCUUGGGCUCAGACCUGAAACAACUAAAAAAUCAACUCCUGAUAGUGAUAAGUCAACAAAGAGCCGAGGUAAGAAGUCGUGUGACAAGAAAAGGAAGUUUGAAGAGAAGAAGGGUCAUUCUUCAUGCAAGUUGCUUAAAAAGGACUCCAUCAAGUCAAAUGGCCUAGAGAGAUUGCAUGAAUCUACUCUUGCUAGCGUUGACAUCGAGAAGUUCAUUACAACAUGGAAGGAGGCUUGCCGGGAGCAUUCUAUUACUGAGGUUCUUGAUAUGAUGGUGGAUUUCUAUGCUCCAACAGUCACGCAAAAGAGAAGGUUGAAGAGAAUCUUGUUGUCACACCCUGGUGUUGUCUUACUGAAUAUUGCUAUAACAUCCAUUAAACAUGGAAUGGUUGAUAGUCUUUAUGAUUCUUUGCAAGCCUUUGGUGAAGCUGAAUUAAGUGCCACCAAGUCUGGUUUCUCUGCUGAGACGAUAUAUAUUGGUGGGACUGUGAAUAAAGAAACUGCUAUGAUAAAUGCUAACGAGAGCACAAAUGGAUUGAGCAAGAGUGUAACUGUAGAUGACAUCAUUAAGAAAAUUUCUGAUUAUUUGGAGUUGGAAAAUUCUGUUGACAGAGAAAGUGCUUUGCAUUCAGGAAGGAUAUUAUGGUUAUUAAAACAGCUUUGUAAUUGUGAGAGUUGGCUGGUAACUCAUUUUUCUGUGGACGAAUUUAGUUCUUUUGGUUAUGGAAAUUUUUUAGAGUUCUUAGAAAGAUAUGCUUCAUUGUUGCCACGUGAACUAUAUCAAUUUUUAAAUGAGGUCCCUUUUGAUCCAUCGUCAGUGUACUUUUCCAUGCGUGAACAACAACUGAGAGCUAUGCUAUGUCAGGCUGACUAUAACUGGAUAAAAGAUUGUUCUAUGUCCAAAGUUGAUGCUUUUGUGCUUCUUAAAAGGCAAUUUCCAACAACCAGCUUCCACAUUGUUGGAGAUAAAUCUGAUAAAUGCUUUUUGAAUCUUAUCAAGUGCCAGGAAGAUAAUCAUGGUCCAGGCUGUGUUCUAUUUUCUGCAGCAUUGUUGGGGAAGCAGUGGUCAGUGUCAGAACACGAUGAGAAAAUGAUUCACCAACAAGCAUACACAUCUGGAACUUCUGCUUUUGACAAUGCCAUUGAAUGUUUGCUUGCAGCCCCCAUGUUGUCGGAUCUACUAUCCUGGUCGCACUGGGAUCUUGUAUAUGCUCCUUCAUUUGGUCCACUAAUAGACUGGUUGUUGAAUGACUUCCACACUAAAGAACUAUCUUGUAUAGCAACAAGGGAUGGGAAAUUAAUCAGGAUUGCUUCUUCAGCAACUGUUGAUGAGUUUCUGGAAGCUUUGAUUCAACUUUCUUCAUUCCAAGUGGCUUUAAAAUUGUUAUCACUGUUGUCUUUGUAUAGAGGGACAAGUCAUGCUCCUUUAUCCCUUCUAAAGUGCUAUGCACAACGAGCCAUGGAUGUUAUUAUAAGAAAUUUCAUUGAUUCAAGUGAGGCUGCCAGGGAGAAUUCUAUUGAUACAAGUUAUCUGCAAGAUUUGCCGACUUUUCACGGAGACUUUAAUAUUUUACCCUGUUCUGGUGAUUUUCAAGUAAUUUCCCAAUUUACACAGGAGAGUGUGCUUGGCAAAAGCAUUUCUAAGAUGAAUAAAGCUUUUGCUGUUAUUGCAAGGAUUAUACUUGAAUGUCUAGGUCUUCUACCUUCAGAAUUCUGGAACUUUGCAGCAGAUAUAUUGGUCUCUGGUCUUCGAUUCUUUACUAAGCAAGCUCCUCUGGUUAUUUUGAACGAAUGCAAUCAGCCUGAUCAACGUCUCAUGCUUCAUGACAUUGGAUUUUCACUUGGAGUAACAGAAUGGGUUCAAGACUACCAUGACUUCAGGUCCACAACUGUGAUGAACUCAAGGACAUCAAAACCAACUUAUUCUUUGUGUUCUGAAUCUGGUGUGGAUGGAGAUCAUACACCAGAGUUAUUUGUGAACCCUUCCUUUAGCAAUGACAAUUUUCAUAUUAGCAUUAAAAAUGAUGUUCCUUUUCCAAGGAAGAACAAUGAAUCUUUUUCUGGAGGUAAACAGAAGGAAUCUGUUGAUUUACAUCCUGGGUGUCAGAAAGAGUGUGAUGAUGACUUCAACAUGAAAAUUCUUACUGGUGUGACCAUUGACAACUCAAGUAUGCCAGACUACAAAAAGAUGCAAGACGCAACCACUAUCAUUGAGGCUAUUCGCCGUGAAGAGUUUGGUUUGGACCGAAAUCUUAAUGAUAAAGAGAGUUGUUUAUUAAAGAAACAGCAUGCACGGCUUGGAAGAGCGCUUCAUUGUUUAUCACAAGAAUUAUAUUCUCAGGAUUCUCAUCUUCUUUUGGAACUUGUACAAAAUGCUGAUGACAAUGUUUACUUACAUAGUGUGGAGCCAACACUAGUCUUCAUUCUUCAGGAGACUGGUAUUGUUGUUUUAAACAAUGAGGUCGGGUUCUCUGCUGACAACAUUAGAGCACUUUGUGAUAUUGGAAACUCAACCAAAAAAGGAUCAAGUGCAGGAUAUAUAGGACAUAAAGGCAUUGGGUUCAAAUCAGUAUUUCGGGUAACGGAUGCUCCUGAAAUCCAUUCUAAUGGGUUUCAUGUUAAAUUCGAUAUUAGUGAGGGUCAGAUUGGUUUUGUAUUGCCAACAGUUAUCUCUCCUUGUAAUAUGGACAUGUUAAAAGAAUUGUUAUCUGGAGAGGAUAUUCAAGCUGAUUUUACUUCCUGGAGUACUGGUAUAAUUCUUCCAUUCAGGUCCAAGUUAGUACGAGGAACAACUAUGAGCUCCAUCAUAUCCAUGUUUUCAGAUCUUCAUCCAUCCUUAUUGUUGUUCCUUCAUAGGCUUCGAUGUAUCAGGUUUAAGAAUAUGCUCAAUAAUACAUCUAUUGUUCUGAGAAGAGAAACAAUGGAUGAUGGAAUUGUUAAGGUUUCUCAUGGCAAUGAGAGCAUGAGUUGGUUGGUAGUAAGUAAAAAGUUGCAGGCAAGUGUCAUUCGCCAGGGUGCACGAACUACAGAGAUUGCCAUGGCCUUCACACUGCAGGAGUCCGAGGGUGGAGAAUACAGGCCACUUCUGAGCCAACAACCUGCUUUUGCUUUUCUUCCUCUCAGAAAUUAUGGUCUCAAAUUUAUUCUUCAAGGGGAUUUCAUUUUACCUUCUUCUAGAGAAGAAGUUGAUGGAGAUAGUGCUUGGAACCAGUGGUUGUUAUCUGAAUUCCCAGCUUUAUUUGUUAGUGCGGAACAAUCCUUUUGCUCUCUUCCUUGCUAUCGGGAGAAUCCAGGAAAGGCUGUAACAGCCUAUAUGAGUUUUGUUCCACUUGCUGGGGAAGUUCAUGGGUUCUUUUCUCAUCUUCCACACAUGAUUAUUUCCAAGUUGCGCAUGUCAAAUUGCUUAUUGUUGGAUGGACCUAGUUUGGUUUGGGUAUUGCCUUGCAGAACACUGAGAGGUUGGGAUGAACAGUUUCACCUUCUUUUAUCUGAUAGGUUGCUUCAGAAACAUCUUGGUCUUGGUUAUUUGAAUAAGGAUGUUAUUUUGUCUGAUACACUAGCUAAGGCUCUUGGUGUUCAAAAUUAUGGACCUAAAGUUUUGAUUGAUCUCAUCUCAUCUUUAUCUCGUUCUAGAGAUGGUAUCAACUCUUUGGGUCUAAACUGGUUAUCUUCUUGGUUUAUUAUUCUUUAUUCUGCAUUGUCAUCCCAGUCUUCUGUGCAGUUUUCUGCAAAUAUUCGGAUGGAAUCUGACCUAGUCAAGACACUUAGAAAAAUUCCACUUAUUCCACUUUCGGAUGGCUCAUAUGCCUCCAUGAAUGAUGGUCCAAUAUGGUUGCCAUGUGAUAUCUGUGGUGCUGGGACUGAAGGCAAACAGUAUCAAAAUGAUUUUCCUAGAUUGUAUGACAAACUUAGAAUUGUCAACCCUUUGCUUUUCUCUGCCCCAGACAUUACUACAAAUUACAUGGAAGAGAAAAAGGUAGACAACCUGAUACAGAUGCUAUACAAAAUUGGUGUCCAACAGUUGUCUUCUCAUGAAGUAAUAAAAAGUCACAUUCUGUGUGCCUUAGAUAAAGAAACUAAACAAGAUGAAGAUAACAGCUGGAAGAUUGAAUAUUUGUCUUUUAUUAUGGGUCAUCUUCAGUUACCUUGUGCAAGUUGUGAAUCAGAAAAGGAAGACAUAAUUGCUGAGUUACGCAAAAGAUCCAUAGUUUUGACAAAUGCUGGUUACAGAUGCCCAGAUAAUGAACCAAUACACUUUUCCAAAGAGUAUGGUAAUCCUGUAGACAUUAGUAAACUGAGCACAUUAGAUUUUCAGUGGCUUGAAGUUGAUCUUGCAUAUCUGAAGCAUCCUAGUACCCGUUCAUUAUCAUCUGUGCCAACAAUUUGGAGGGAUUUUUUCAGAGAGUUAGGUGUCACUGAUUUUGUGCAAAUUAGCUGUGUUAAAAAGCAUGCAGCUGAUGUUUUACUUUCUGUGGGUCCGAUUUGUGAUAAAGAUCUUAUGAUUGAAACUUCAUUCAUCAACGACUGGGAAUCAUCCGAGUUAAAUUAUUUGUUAUCUAUCUUAUCUGCUGAGAAGUGUCGAGAUAAAUGUAUUUAUCUUCUGGAAGUCCUUGAUAAAAUGUGGGAUAAUUAUUAUAGUGGAAAAACGAAAAGCUUUGUUAUCUCCAAAUCUUCUGGGUACAAGAAACCUAUUGAAUCGUCUUUUAUGAAGAGCAUACGUAACAUUGGAUGGAUUGCAUCAAGCAUGGACUUGGAACUUCACCAGUCAAAAGAUCUAUUUUUUGAUUGUGAGGAAAUUCGAUCUGUUCUGGGUAACAUGGUGCCCUAUGCUGUUCCACAGAUUACUAGCAAAUUGCUUUUGAAAGAGAUUGGGUUCAAGACGCAGCUAUCACAUGAUGAUGCCUUGACAAUGCUCAACUACUGGAGAGCAUCAAAGGCUCCUUUCCUUGCAAGUGUGAAUCAAAUGUCGAAGUUCUAUACCUUUAUCUGGGAUGGGGUUGCUACUUCAAGAUUGAAUAUAAAUAAAGAAUUCAUUUCAAGUUGUUUUAUAUUUGUCCCAUUCCUCAAUACUUCUACAUCUAAGAACGCUACUUAUGGAACUUUUCUUUCACCAAAGGAUGUGUUUUGGCAUGAUCCAACUGGAUGUGUUGAGAAGGUUAAGGAAGUGCUCCAGUGCAUUCAAAAGAGGAAGUCAGAUUUCCUUCCAUGUGAAAUGCUGUCCUCUGUCUACCCUGGCCAUCAUGAAUUUUUUGUGCAAGUGUGCCAUGUGCAUGAGGUUCCUCCAUUUGGUAGUUAUCUUCAAAUAUUACUCCAGUUAUCAAGUGUCACUUUGCCCUCACAGGCAGCUCAUGCAGUUUUUCGGGUUUUCUUGAGAUGGUCUGAUGAUGUUAAAUCUGGAUUGGUGAAGUCCAAGGACAUUCUUGACUUAAGAAAUGAUCUUCAUAAUUUGGAAAGCAGAGUACUUCCAACCAUGCAGGAUAAAUGGGUGUCUCUCCAUUCUUCAUUUGGUCUCGUAUGUUGGGCUGACGAUGAGGACCUGAAGCUGCAGUUUAAACAUUCUAAUGGCAUUGACUUCUUGCAGUUUGGUGAACUUAAUAAUGAAGAGAAAGAAAUGCUCUCUGGAAAGAUUGCUGAAUUAUUCAAAAAAUUAGGUCUUCCUGCCCUUUCAGAGGUUGUGUUUCGUGAAGCAAUAUUUUAUGGGACAAGAGACAACAACGAAAAGAUGUCUUUGAUAAAUUGGGUCUUACCUUAUGCUCAACGCUACAUUUAUAAACUGUAUCCAGACAAAUAUUCGGACUUGAAACAGUUUGGGCUUGAGAAGCUAAUCCAGCUACAAGUUGUUGUAGUUGAGAAGUUGUUCUACAAGCACUCUCUGAGAGGUGGUGGUAAUACUUCUAAGAAGCGCUUUGAAUGCUGCUGCCUUUUGCAGGGGAGUGUUCUAUAUGCUACUCAUACUGCAGAUUCACACUCCAUAUUCUUGGAGCUCUCACGAUUUUUCUUUGAUGGGUCUGCCGAGCUACACUUUGCAAAUUUUCUUCACAUGGUCACAACCAUGGCAGAGUCUGGCUCAAGCAUUGACCAGACAGAAUUUUUCAUCGUGAAUAGUCAAAAGGUUCCAAGGCUACCUGAUGAAGAACCUGUUUGGUCUCUAUCUUCCGCGGUGGAAGAACUUGAUUCUAUCACCCAGCCAAUACUUGCUCCCUGCUCUAAUGCUGAGCAGAAUGCUUCUAUACCUCAAAGGAAACCAGGCAUCUGUCCAAGUUGGCCACCUACAGAUUGGAAAACUGCCCCGGAUUUUAGUCAUGCAAGAAGAUAUCCUCUCUGGUCAAGACCAGGGAUGGAGUCAUGUAGUGGCUCUGAGGUGCAGCUGAGAAACCCGCCUGGACUUACCACACAAGUUGAGGUUCUUCCUGAUCCCAUUGAGAUUGAUGAAGAUUGGGUUGUAGAAAAGGGCUUGGCUUCAAAGAGCUCAUCUGUGUUGCAAGAUGAUUCUGGGAUACUGAAAGAAGAAACUCAGUUGGUGGAUUCUUUUGAUGCUCUCGACAGCCAGGUUAAUUCUGUCUCAGAAACCAAAAAUGAAAAAAUUGAUCCAUCGGUGCGUCCUGGCCCAGAUUUAAGCUUGAAAAUUUUGUCGAGUUCACUUGAAAGGGCUAAUAUUUGUCUGCAAACACUAGAUGACCAGCAAACACGUAGAACUGGCAGGCUCGGGGAGAUCAUUGCUUACAAUUAUCUAAAUAGGAAAAUGGGUCCAAAUAUGGUGAAAUGGGUGAAUGAACAAACUGAGAGUGGCCUACCAUAUGACCUGAUCAUUGGACAGGAAAGCCGGGAGUAUGUCGAAGUUAAGACCACCAGAUACGCAAGUAAAAACUGGUUCGAAGUGUCAGUACGGGAAUGGCAAUUUGCAUCAGAAAUGGGUAAUUCGUUCACCAUAGCACAUGUGGCUCUGUCGGGCGAGAAGAAGGCCAGUGUCACACUAUUGAAGAAUCCUCUGAAACUUUGUCAUCAGAAUGCUUUGCGAUUAGCAAUUUUCAUGUCAACUCAAAUCAGGGACUCAGUGGUCAGCAGUUAGAAUGAGUAAUCUUAUCUUUGUAGGUUUUAUUCUCUUGCUCCCAUUUGUAAGGAAUGAUGUGUUGGCUUAAUUGGCUCAAAUAUCUGAUUGAGAUCGGGUUUGGGUGGAAGUUCUUCCGGAAACCCUUUCACAUCUCCUUGAUAACAUUUAACAGAGGGCGGAUGUUAUGGUAAGGUUUUUCUUUUACGAUCUGGUGAUCAGAGCUCGAAUCACAUGCAUUGAUGUUUGGCGGAGUUCAAACCACAUACAUUGAUGCUUAAUUGCCACAUUAGCCAUAAUGGAACAUUUGAUUCAGGCGAAGAGUGGCAAUGUUGAGCGAUAGUUUGUAUUGAUCAACUAUAUGUUUUUAAUGCUGAUCAUUGAUGUGUAAAUAAUAUAUAUCCUUUUUCCCUUA